UUUAGCAGCUUUAUGGACAUUUUGCUGAAAUGAUCGAUAUGGGUUUUCUGAUUUUGUGAUUCUUCUUCUUAUUAUUCAUUAAGAUCUUUUGCGUGGGUUUUCUUUCUUAUGGAUUUUAUUGAUUUCGUCUCCUUUGUGGUUCUACCCUUUUUUUCUUUUUCUUUUUUUUUUUUUUUGGUGUGGGGGGUGUUUGUUUAUUGGAAAUUUUGAAUUAUAUUUGUAUAGGUGACCUAAAAGUAACCUUGACUAAGCAUGUAAAAUUGGUUUUCCUUGGUGUUGAUUUUAACCGAGUACUUAUUUCUGUAUGCUUGGGUUGAUUUUCAAAUUAAUGCCUUUGUAUGUUCAUAUACAUGUGAGAUUCUCCCCCCUCCCCUUUAUCGUCAGUGGCUUUUCUUAAUUUGACUUGAGUUUUCUGGUCUUCAAUGUUUGAGGAAGCUUAAAUUGAUUGUUGGCAUUUAAAGUUUUUGGAAAAUUUUCAUUAAAAAAAUCCUUUAAAAUCAAAACUAGGGAUGAAUUAUGAAAAUUUGCAUGAGGUUCUUCUCUUUCCAUCUUUUCCAAAUCGCACACGUCUACAGCUCACCUGGGGAACUAGUGAUUGUGCUACACCAACUCUUACCUUUUGGGUUGAUGUAUCCAUCUGCAUAAGUAAAUUGUAACUUUAUUAUCAAUCAGUCUCUCAUAUUGUUUAAAACUACUUGAUGACCCUGGAAGACUUGCUUUAGUCAUCAAAUUCGCUGGUCAAUAGUGGUAUUCAUGUAGCAGGUACUUUAAAGGCAGAGAGGAGCUGAGAGUAUUGUGAAAGUUUACCCCUCAGACGCAUGGAUCAGAGACUCUCAACCGAUGCAGUGGACUACAGAAAUGGUGACUACACCAAAAUUAAAGAUGAAGAGAACCCUCAGUUGGGAAUGUUUGAUAAGCCUCUUCCUUUAUUUGGCUGUGGAAUUGGAUGGUUUUUACUUCUGCUAGGAUUUGCAUGCCCACUGAUGUGGUACUAUGCUGCAAUUCUCUACUUUCGAAGGUACUAUCACAAGGAUCCAAGGGAGCGAGAUGGACUUGCUGCCAAUGCAGUAGCUGCUUCGAUAUGUACAGUUGCUGCAGUAAUUACAGCUGCCGUUAUUCUGUUGCUAAAAUUAUGCUUUUAGUAGCCAUCACUAGUGUCACCCUCCUCCAGUAAAAAGCUUGAGCUGAUGGUCUGUAAGCAAAGCUUCCUUCCAGUAUUUGUACAAGAAGAGGUGACUGAUAUCACUAAAGGUUCAGCUAUCUAAAAACUAGAGCAAUUUUUGGAUUUCUCUUGUAGUCUUGUGCAUAAUUAGAACUUUGUACAUUAAGAAAAUGCAAGUGUGAAGUUUAUGUACGUGGUAGAUGAAAUUAUAAUAAGCUUAUUUGUUCAUUAAUCAAAACACACAGUACAUACAUACAUACAGAUCUUUCAUGGAUUUUUUUCCUUUAAA